AAAGCAGCUUUCACAAUCUUCUUGUCAUUUGUUUUGGUGACAUGUUUUACUAUAAUAAUAGUAUUCUUUGAGGGAUGGAGGUUUAACUCCUAAAAUGUAGUUUUUUCCUUCUUGAAAAUUAUUUUAGAAAGCCUCUAGUAAGAAAAAAAAAAACAUCAUUUGUAUAGUCUUUCUUGGCUUUGAUCUUCUGCUUUAGUAAGAAGCUAAAAUUUGUCUAAAAUUGUAUGAUCCUAUAUAGUAAAAUGCAUUUUGCUUGACUUUUGCUAACAAAAACAUACUUUUUUUCAUUAAACAUUUUUGCAACUAAUAUAAAAAGUAUUUUAACACGUGCAUUUUUUUUGCCACAUAGACAUUAGGUUAACAUUCCGGUAUAAACGUCUUUUUCGCCGCAAGUAUAGCCUAUAAUUGUAAAAACAAACGCAUGUUUUGACGGAAAUAGUCCGUUCUGGCAUGCAUGGUUGUGUAAUAUAUUAAAUAUUAAUUGCAUACAUGCACAUUGCCAUAUCACAUAUCUCGGACACGUACUUCCGGCGAUAGCGGAAGUACCCGCUGCACGUCCAUUAAAAGCAAAAUUAAUGGCUUUUGUAUAAAAUAUUGUCAAAUAUAGAAGAACCGCGGACAAAUGAAGAGUUUGCAUUGACAAACGAUGCUUGAUAUCGACCAAAGAGGCAGCGAGCACCGUACGUGAGCGGACAUUGGAGUCGAUUCUCCCGUAUGAAGGAGAGGAGGCUCAACAUGGAGGACUGCUUGCACACUUCCUCUGACAGCCUGGCUAAACUGGUGAAAUGGGCCCACAGUCACGGAACAAUCUGCACCUUGAUCCCCAACCUCAAACACAUGCUGAACGAGGGCUCUCACGGGACCCUCACGGCCCUGUGGGGCUGCAGCGCCGGACACGCCUACCACUGGCCCCUUAACACCACCUGCAAAAAGGCAAACAAAGAACGCAACCAAGAAAGCCGAAGCAUCAACACGGACAGCAUGAUCCAGGCGGUCGCCGUCAUGCAGAACACCUCAGAGCGCUUCCUCGGCAGUGCCGCCAAAAACAAGGGCGAUUCUGCUCCGAUCCACGACUCCUGCGACAUCUCCAACUGCAGCGAACCGUCCGAGAUGGACGACAACGGCGACGAGUACAACAGCCACCUGUACGACAUCGUCUGCGAGUCCUCGGCUACCGACGAAGACGGCGACUCCGAGUUCAACCACGCCUCAAAUAUCACGCCCAGGAAACGAUUGGGAAAAGAACCGGGAACCGAGGACAGCACUGACCUGGCGUUGAAGAAAAUCAAACAAGAAAGAGGCGAAGACUAUUACAGUGUGGCCAACCCUCAGAUGCCCAGCAGCUCGGAUGGGAACCGCUCUACUGGAGGCGUUACACAGUCGCCCAAACCCAACGUCCAGAACAGACCAUCAUCCAGGUCUUCGAUGUCCCAGAAGCCUUCCUCUGUAGACGGGGACUCCAUGGCGAUGUCCUCGUCACCUCUGGACAGCUCCCCUUCUUCCAUGAUCAAACCCUUGCGGGCAGCUUUCCACACUACCCAGAACAAAAUGCAGGUGAACUCGAACCCGGCUUGCAGUCAGAGUGUGGCGACCUUGCCCCACGCGGGAAGGAUUGACGCUAUGGGGGUGCUGCACAGGGACGAGUAUCCCAGGACGUCUUUGUCUUACGGAGAGGCUUCCAUGGGUGUGAACCCUGAGAUGGAUCUUCUAGCAGCGCAAGCACUUAAUACUGAAGCUCGAGCGGACAACACAGGUUCACACGAGAAGAUGGAUUACGCUGUGAUUUUGAAAGCCCUCCAUGAGCAUCUGAUUCCAGCAGCUGCACACAGUUCAGAAGAGCAGUUCUGCCCGUCAGAUCUCAGUCCAAACAGUGAGAGGUAUUUUGAAGAGAGAAAACACCUGGAAGAGUUUAUAACAAGCAUAGAUACUAUAACCCUACAAAACCUUCAGACGGUCAUUGAUCGAAUCCUGGUUUUUCACGAGCGGACGCAGAUGCCUCUGUCCAGUCCGGCUCGACUGGGAGAGCAGGAGCUGUUUCCAGGAAGCGGACUCUACCUGCCGCACUACAAACUGGCGUCCAUGCUGCAGGAGUCCCGGCAGGACAGCAUGAGACUCUUCCACCUGCUGUUUGAGCACUUCUUCAGCGAGGAGGAUCUUAACGGGGCCGUCGCUUUUGGGAAGAGGGGAAAAGUCCCUGACGGGAAAAAGAUCUUGGACAGAAGAAGAGUGGAUGGGAUUAUGUCAUAUGUUCUGCGUUGUUCUACUAUAGACGGAUGGACACCUGUGGAAUCAUCUAAACUGAAGAAAGCCUGUAUUAAUAAAUGCAGGCUUCGAAUCGGUCAGAAAAAGAAGCAAGAAUCUUCUCAAGAGUCCUUUAUUUUUUGUGACGAACAAUCUUCAGGCAAAAAUGACCCUUCCUAUAUAUAGUUGCUGAUCCCAAAAAUUUCCAUUCACAGACAAAUGCUAUUAUUAUAAAUGAAAUGAAAAUGAAACACUGUUUUGGCCAGCAGAUGAAUGAAAGCUACCAGUCGGUGUCUUGGACAUGAACGAUUCAGUCUGGAAUCGUUUAAAGUUGAUUCAGUUUUGCUACAGCACUAAGAGAUGAGCGAUUCACGGUCAGACACAUGAACUAUUUCCAUUCCAUUCAUUUCAAGAAAACCAACAUUAUCUAUACUGUGAUAGUUAUUAACUAUUGACUCGUUUAGUCAACACAAACCUGUUUAUAACCAUUUAAACCUUUAGAGUAGUCUAGUGCUUAAUCACAUUAGUCAUGUAGCAUUGUAACAAUCAAAACAAGAUAUUUUGAGUUUUGUCAAACCAUUUUGAUGGUUUUUACUCAUAUCCAAUAUCUUUAAAUAUAAAAAUGUGAAUUAUCACUAUAUCAAAACCACCUUAAACUUGUAUUUUAUUGUUUUAUCUUCCUUUUUUCCUCUGCUGCUUCCAUGAAAUGAUCUGUUUUAUCAAUCAGCAUCACACUAAAUUGACAAUAGCGUCAUUCCUUAUGCAUGACUGACAGAAAAAUGGAUAUUUUAGAUAUUUAUAAACAUCCCACAAAGCUUUAUUACUCCGAUGUUUCGUAUUACAUUUGUAAUUUUUACCUAAGUGAUAUCGUGUAGACCAAUCCGCAUUUAAUAGCAUAUAAAAUUCUGCCAGAAAUGUGAAAUUAGGUUACUCCGUAUAAACAACCAGACAAUUAACAACUUCUGUGUUCAUUCAUGACAUUUCAGAAUUUCUUACUGUGAGGUGUUGCAGUGAGUGUGUAGUGAAAACGUCACUCAAGGGCUCACACAUUUACAAUAUUUAAUGGAAUUCUUUGGACGGCAUUAGUAAAGCAGACUUUAAAACAUUGGAGAUCACUUUUUACAAUCAAGUAUUACAUUUCUUAUAAAAAUAAAAAACAACAACUGGCAUUUGGUAGGUAUAUCACGUUGUCCACAAGUGUUUAAUGUAAAGAGAAAAAAAAAGACAUUAGCAUUUAUUAUGGUUAUGAAAGAUCAGUCUUUUCAUAAUGGUUAGGAAGUCUUCACCUGACCGCUUUUAAAAGUGUCUUGUUUUGUACCUACACACUGAUGCUGAACUUGCCCUUAUUUUAGCACUUCUACAAACCUGAGGUUUAUUUUCAAGUGUGUAAAUACUCCAUCAUCCUGGUGUGUCUUCUUAAGUGGUCUUAUUUGUCAUUUGAUGCGUUACAAUAAAAUCAAUGACCAAAUGUUGUCCCUGAUCUGUUUUUGCCUUUGCAUCAAUUGCUGUAAUCACAUAUGGCAUCUUAUAUUAUAAGGUCUAGGAGUCUUUUAGUGACUGCUUCUUAAUUCAGUGAAUUGUUUUAUUUUCAUUUUGCUUUUAUUAGUCUGCAUCAAUGAUUUGGUGGCAUUACUUUGAGGUGGUACGGUCUUUUCAAAUUAUGCUUUUUAAUGUUAUCACAAAACGAAUGUAUUUGAAUAGGUCAUGGUAGAAGUAGCAAAAAUAAACCCACUAAAAGAAAAGGCAUUUAAAUAAGUAUUAUAAAGACGAUCUAAAUUUAACCCAGCCCAAACAAAGGCAAAGAAAACUAACAAAAGCAAUGAUAAAUGAUCACAUUUGAAGAUUUUACACGGCAGUCAAUCAGAAUAAACUUUAAUGUAGCAUAUUUUGAGAUUUUACACACAUUGAAAACAUAUUUUGAAUCCAGCUAAGUGAGAUGCAUGUAGAGCUGUGUGCUGUGAUAAAAACAAAAGUAAAAAAUAUGCCAAAAUAGCAAGAAGUGUGUACUAUGACUUACUGCUACACAGUCAAGUAGCUAAAAAAAAAAACAAUCAUGAUGUAACACGCUAAAAAAACAGUAAGAUGCACAUUAAACAAAUACGAUAGACAUUGCAGAUGGAAUAGAAAAUGUGCUGUGUAAACCACGGAUACACUUGAUUGCUGUAGAUAUACAGUAUGUAGUUAAUAGUGAUUUAUUUGGCUAAUAAAUCAACAUAUCUUGUAAUUAAUUCAAUUAAUUUUUUUAAUCAGAUGGCAGGCCUAAAUGUUUACCACCAGCCAUGUAUUUCUUUGUUUUCUGUAAAGUAUCUCUUUUUAUCACAUUUCAGAUUAGCACACAAAAAUUACAUUUGGAUAUCUUUCCAGAGGUAGUAGGAACUC